CCGUCACGUCAUCGGGCGAAAGCGGGGAGGGAGGAGCGCAAUUCUGAAAUCGAACAGUAAUCUGUGGCGCUCGGCCAUUUUGUCAACAAGAUGAAUCAUGGGAUAACACAGAGACCCUUGGCUGUGAGCAAGACAGUGAGCCAGACCUGCCAGGAGAUGUCAUCGAGCCCCUCCCAAAUGCAUCAAGCACCAGAUAUGCUGUUCCAAAAGGACCCAAUGGUAGGCCAGGCCUAUACUUUAAACUACACAUUUUAGUCAGCAGCUGUUAGUAUCUAAUCUUGUGGAUCCCUUAAUUAUACCUUUCCUAUUAACAGCCACUCAAAAUAAUGCGUAGAGAGGUCAUCGAGAGUCUGAUGACUCUCACAACAAGGGUAAGAAGAAAUAGCAAAUCAUGACCCUCUCAAAGAGAAAAAGAUGAAUGCAUGUGGCAAUGCUAAGUACACAAGCCACCAAUUCUAGAACAACGUUUUUGAGGGCUUAGCUGAGAUGGUGCAACGUGAAAUAAUAAGAGAAAAUUAAGUUUUUAGUGUAAUUGCAGAUGAAACCAAAGAUUUAAAGAAAAAAGAACAAAUGUCUUUAGUUGUGAGGUACUGUUACAACAGGGCCAUCCACGAAAGCUUUCUACACUUUCAGUCAGCUGAAAGCUUAGAUGCAGCAGGUCUCACAAAAAUUAUAAUUUAUUGCCUUGAAAAACAUGGUCUGGACUACAAAUAAUAUUGUGGGGCAAGGCUAUGAUGGUGCAUCCGUCCGUCAUGAGCGGAAAGCAUUCUGGUGUGUCUGCAUGGAAUAAAAACAGUGCAAUAUUAGCAUUUUAUGUGCACUGUAAUGCACAUUGUUUGAAUUUGGUUCUUGUCGAUGCUGUAAAAUCAGUGCCUGAGGUAGUUAACUUUUUUGCUCUCCUGCAGAAGCUUCAUAACUUUGUAUCUGGCUCGUACAUUCAUCUCAAGUGGCUUGCGGUUCAGAAAGAGCUGUAUCCACAGCAGCAGCCCAGGGAACUACAGAGACUUACGGAUAUAAGGUGGGCAUGCAGAUACAUGGCAUGCUGUAAACUGAGGGACAGGCUUCCAGCAGUUCUGAGAGUGCUACAGGAUAUCACACUUGAAAAUAGUGGUGAUAGAUCAGUGGAGGCAAGGGGCCUUCUUUCUCAGAUAGAUUUACAUUUCAUAGGGAUUUUGGUUACCUUUUGUAAAGUGCUUGGUGACGCCAAAUGUCUUUCUGACAUACUCCAAUCAAGCUCUCUUGACCUAGCAAGAGCUGUGGAUCUAGUAGGUGCCUUGGCAGACACAUUACAGGACUACAGAAGUGAGGGUUACUUUGGAGAACUUUGGAACGAGGUUGAAGAGAUUGCAGAGCACUGCAAAAUAAGUGUACAAACAGUGUGUAAAAGACAGCCUAAAACAAGUUUAGGAUUUCAUGACUCAUUGAUGAUGAGCACUGUAGGACAGAUAGGGACCAAAGUGAUGUUGAGACCUUCCAAAGAGAUCUUUGAGAGCUUCCAAGAUCUCUUGAGAGCUUCCAAGAUCUUUUAUCAGGUGCUUGACAGUCUCACAGCUGAGCUGCAAAGGCAUCUUUCAAAGAAGAAUUGUGAGAUAAUGCAAGGGGUCCAGUCUCUCAACCCAAAGAGUACAACAUUCUUGAAUUAGGAGCCUCUAUUUGCCUUUGCUCAGACCUUUGAGUCAGAUUUAGAGGGCCUCAAACACGAGGUUCAUCAAACCAAGCGGCUUGUUGAUAGGAGAGAGAAAAGUGGAAGGGACAGACCGUCUACUCUCCUUGACUUUGUUGUGUAUCUAGAACCUUAUAAAGAGGUCUUCCAUGACCUAUUUCGACUUUGUAAGUUUUUGUUGUUACACCAGUCAGCAGUGCUUCUUGCGAGAGAAGCUUCUCAGAUUUAAAACUGAUUAAAACCCACCUUAGGACAACAAUGGUUGAUGACAGGUUAAGUCACCUCGGAAUUCUCAGUGUUGAGUCAAGACGGACACGCUCCCUCAACAUGGAUGAGUUUGUGAAACAUUUUGCCAGUUCUCACCAGAACCGCAGAAUUAUGCUGUUUUAAAUCUACCUAGGAUAAUUUGGCCCUUAGGUGGUUCCUCUGGUCAUGAUUAAAACCUGCACUAGGUAGUACACUGACAUUCUAAAAUGAUGAAUCCAAAGGGUAUCUGUCACGGCCGUUAAAGGAAGAAGAGGACCAAGGUGCAGCGUGGUGAGCGUACAUACUUUUAAUAGUAGAUGUCGCCGACAAAACAAUAAACAAUACAGAAACAAACCAUGACGCUUAAGGCUAUGUGCCAUCAAACAAAGUUCACUUCCCACAAAGACAGGUGGAAAAAAGGGCUACCUAAGUAUGGUUCUCAAUCAGAGACAACGAUAGACAGCUGCCUCUGAUUGAGAACCACACCCGGCCAAACACAAAGAAAUAGAAAACAUAGAAAUAAAGAAACUAGAAUGCCCACCCUAGUUACACCCUGGCCUAACCAAAAUAGAGAAUAAAAGCCUCUCUAUGGCCAAGGUGUGACAGUAUGCCCCCCCAAAGGUGCGUACUCCGGCCACAAAACCUGACUCUAAAGGGGAGGGUCCGGGUGGGCUUCCUUUACGGCGGCGGCUCUGGUGCGGGACGUAGAUCCCCCUCCACCUCUGGCUCCCCCCACUUUGGUGGCGCCUCUGGUGCGGGGACCCUCGUAGUGGGCCCCGGACUGGGCACCCUCGCUGGGGGCCCCGGACUGGGCACCCUCGCUGGGGGCCCCGGACUGGAGACCGUCGCUGGAGGCCCCGGACUGGAGACCGUCGCUGGAGGCCCCGGACUGGAGACCGUCGCUGGAGGCUCUGGACUGGAGGCCAUCGCUGGAGGCUCCGGACUGGAGGCCGUCGCUGGAGGCUUCGGACUGGGGAUCGUCACUGGAGGCUCCGGACUGGGGGCCGUCGCUGGAGGCUCCGGGACUGGGGAUCGUCGCUGGAGCCUCCGGACUGGAGGCCGUCGCUGGAGGCUCCGGACUGGAGGCCGUCGCUGGAGGCUCCGGACUCACACGUGUUUUGUUUGCUUGGGCCCAAAACACACCAGGGACAGCAUCCAGGAACCCUGCAGUGUGUCAGCUGCGCCCUGCUGUCUUCCACGGGGACGCUUGCAGGAAUGCUUGCCGUUUUUCCGGUGUGGAGAUCCCCCUCGAAAUCGUUAUCUCCACAAUCUCUGGUUCUGGGGGUUCUUCCAGAUGAUGAUGACAUUGGGACAACAAUGGGGAUAUGGAGGACUCUCUUUUCAAAAAGCCGACUUCACUGACACAAAUUCAGGGGCCCCCUUCCCCCUCUGGGGAGGGUGAGUGGGGUGGUGACAACGAGGAGAUGGAAGAGUUUUUCGACCUCUCCUCGGGACAAUCAUCCACUCUGCCAGCUUCCCUAUGCCCUGACUUUCCGUGGCUUAUUGAGGGACCUGCCAGACGCCUUGGAACCCCCCUCCUCUCCUGACCCCCGGCCAGAGAUCAUAACAUGAAGGUGGGUGGGCCUUGGGCUCAAUGACGGAAAGUGGCGGAACCUAUGGCUCCCGCCAUACUUUGCUGGACAAGUAUGCAAGGGGUAUGGGUGUUUUCUGUUAAGAGAAUGUGUUUGUUAAAAGCCUGAAUAGCACUAAGAAAGCAAAGGCACUAUGUGUAAUCCUGGGAUUGAGUGUACUUAUUGGUAUAAUUCUAUAAUGUCCUAUAGUUAUCUGUACUUAAUUCUAUAAUGACCCAUAGUAAUAUUAUAGUCCAAUAAUAGCAUGUAGCAAUCUUAUAAUUGCCUGUAGUAAUCUACUUAUUAUUUUUGGGAAAUAAUGUAUAGGCGCGCCAGCAAUAUAAUUGAGUCAAGGAACUAGAGGGGGGGAGAAACCUCGCCUAGAGGAAAGAACUUAGAUUUGGAAACAAUGGUGGAGUAAAGCCAAGGGGAUAUGGUUAUUAGCAUAAAGUGGAGGGACUAUGAAACUUGUAUAAGCAUGAAACUGUAUAAAAGGAGUGGGCUGAGACCGAGUCUGGCAGUUGCUCCAUGGACCAACUCUGCUUGUUACUUUGUAAUAAAGUCUAUUUGAAUUCCCAGGCUCCUGUAUCUGAGAGAUAUUAUUGAACCAAUAUUUCCACAACAGGUGCUCAUGGGACAAAGGGCAAGGGCACCGGCAAAAUCAUAUUUGCCCUUUACCACAGUGGAUGGAUGGCAAGAACCCAUCACUAGUGGUAUCCCUCGGCUGGAGAAGACGCUGGCUGCCCACUUCGUUCCAGGUUGCAGCCAAUGGAAUGCAAAGAUGCCUUCCCUGCCCCCCUUCAAAGACCGCUUCACUGCGCAACUGGCACAGACACGAGCUAUACCCUCGGCUGGCAAGCUGUGGCAGCAGCUAACAACGUCACGUUGCUUACUGCGGCCCUGUUCCGAAUGUCAACCUGUCAGACAUCCUUCUCCAAGGCCGAAGUCGAGGAGGUGUCACAUCUGUCUGGUGACGUGCUCCACCUUAACCAGGCAUUGGCUGUGUGCUCGGUACGAGUUAUGGCCAUCUCUGUAGUUACACAGAGGCACCUUAGGCUUUCUUUGACAGCCAUCAAAGAAGCUGACAUAACGCUCCUACUGAAUGCUCCCAUCUCUGAUGACAGCGUCUUGGGAGUCACCGUCAUUGGAGGCUAUGGAGAGCUUUUAGAAGAUGGAGGAAGAUAUGUGACAGCUGUCUUAGCACCUUCCUCUAGCCAGAGCUGUAGCUGC